AUGUCGAAGAAUAAUCGUGAAGACGUGAUCGAUUACGUACCAGGGGUUGAAGCAAUAGAGCCAAAGGACUUGAUGUCAUACCUGCAAGUAAGCGACAAAGACAUAGACACAAACACAGUCGUCUAUAGAAUACUAUUCAAGGCCUUUAAAGACGUCAAGAGAGCCGAUUUCGUAUUAUGCAACACCGUACAAGAACUCGAACCAGGCUCUCUCUCGGCUCUACAAGCCAAACAACCCGUUUAUGCUAUCGGUCCGGUUUUCUCAACCCAAGCGGUUGUCCCCACGAGUCUAUGGGCCGAGUCAGAUUGUACCGAAUGGCUCAAGGGCCGGCCUGCCGGGUCAGUCUUAUACGCCUCGUUCGGUAGCUAUGCGCAUAUUGGUAAGAACGAGAUCGUUGAGAUAGCCCAUGGGCUUUUACUAAGUGGGCUUAGUUUUAUUUGGGUUUUACGUCCCGAUAUAGUUGGAACCGAUGUGCCGGAUUAUCUACCAGUCGGGUUUGUGGAUCAGGCCCAAGGUCGAGGCCUUUUGGUCCAGUGGUGUUGUCAGAUGGAAGUGAUCUCAAACCGGGCGGUUGGAGGGUUUUUAACACAUUGUGGAUGGAAUUCGGUUCUAGAGAGCGUUUGGUUAGGUUUACCGUUGUUGUGUUAUCCGCUUUUAACCGAUCAGUUCACGAAUAGGAAGCUUGUGGUUGAUGAUUGGCGCAUUGGGAUUAACCUUUGUGACAAGAAGCCGAUCACAAGGGACCAAGUCUCGGCUAAUGUUAGAAAGCUGAUGAUUAACGGAGAAUCUUCUUGUGAGCUGAGAAACAACGUUAAAAAGGUUAAACAUCAUUUAAAAGAUGCGGUUACAGCCGUUGGAUCUUCGGAGAAGAACAUUAAGUCGUUCGUUGGUGAGGUCCGAGAUGUAAUGGAAACUAAAUUACGUAAUGUAAUGUAA